AAACUACUGUAUACAAGAUUUGACCUUGCAUCUUACCAAUAGUUGCAUCAACAUACCAUCAAGUACGCAUAUGACUGCACGUCAUCUUGUGACGCAUCCGUCCAUCCACAUACAACACCAUACCCUACAACGAUAGAGUCAUACCUACCUACCUUGACACUUAUUUAUACCCCGCCCUCGCCGCAACCAUGUUGUCACUAGCCAAAAUUCUUGUCUUCACCUCUUUUCUUUUUGAAACAGCCUUGUGCGACAGGUUCUAUUACGGCUCUGGCUGCACAGGAGAUUAUAAAGCCUUCAGCGCCUCACAAUACGAGAAGUGCUACAAGACACCUGAAGGUUACGCUCGCAGCAUCUGGUCCGACACCUCCUCUGGAGUAAACGAAUGGUGGACGGCAUACCGCAGAAGGCAAGGCGGCGCAGUUUGUGGCUAUAGCGUCUGUUCAUUCAACGCUCUGAACUCUCAUUGCUGCAGUGCAUCUGGAAAGUUCAUCAGCGGCUUGAUCGUUCAUAGGCCUGGUCGCACUCAAAUGGCGAGCAAGGAAAAGACAGGUGUGGAGGAGAGUCUCGUGCGUGAUCCUGAGGCUGCCACCCGAGCAUUCCUGAAAUUAAGCCCCGAGGAGCAGGCUGCCGCUGCCCAUACUGGUGGCCCUCCUGUUGGCGCUGAUAUUACCGGGACGAAAUGGGAGCCCAAGGAGUGUGAAGAAAUUGGAGGUCCAGAUGCACAGUCAUUCAUUGAGCUCCCAGACGGUACGCAUCACGGUCUCGGCGCAGGAGUCCUUCAGGUUUCUGAACAAGAGCUCCAGAGACAGCUGAAGGCCAAGGGCAAGCCGGCUCUUUCCGACAAGAGGAUCGCAGAGCUACGCGAAAAUGGGUUCUUGGAGUGAGAAUCUGUAGGUGCCUUGUAUUGAUAUUUCUACCAACUAUCGAGGCACUCUACGCAUGGCAUGAGUAGGACAACUUGAUUCAACAUCAAGAAAGGGACGUUCAAAUUAAAUCUAUAAGUAUUUCUUCAACAUAUAUAGCCUAUAGAUACAA